AUGUUCCGUUCCAGUGCGAUCCUACGCUUUUUUCAAGCUUUGCUCAGUCAUACUCGCAGAAGAUCACUGAUCCUGGUCGGGCUAGCCGUCUUUCCGUCCCCCCUUGUUCUGCAGAUUGCAGACUGCAGACUGCGGCGCCACUCUCCUUCAGAUUCGAACAAGCUGUGGAGAUGCCUAGGCCAAACGAGCAGGCCAGUAGAAGCUUGA